AUUUGCUUGAGUUCAGGUUUACGAAGUGCAGUAGCACUUGGGUGGGGUUGGAGUGGAGACAGCUUGAUAUCGGGAGGAAAGGGUGAUUAUGACCAACUUUUACGGUAAAUUUGUUCUCAUUUUAACUGGAGGUUUUGGAGAGCAGAGAGCAACACUCCCAGGACACUUAGCUCAGGACCUAUUUAAAAGCAACAAAUGCUACUGUGGUUCCCCGGUCAUUUUUUCUCAGGAAUUCCGAGGAUAAAUUUGAGCCUUUCCCAUUGGACUACGACGAUGAGGACAAAAAUGGAAGUGGGUUAACUGAAGACAGAUUAAGCUCCAUCAAUCACAGCAGGCCUCUUCAAAAACCACCCCAUGUGUUCAUCUCAAAAGAUGCCUCGGGAUAUCUGACCAGCGCCUGGUUGACUGUCUUUAUCCCCUCCGUCUACACUGGCGUGUGUAUAAUCAGCCUUCCUCUAAACAUCAUGGCCAUCGUUGUGUUCAUCGUGAAAAUGAAGAUCAAGAAGCCUGCCGUGGUGUACAUGCUGCACCUGGCCACGGCAGAUGUGCUCUUCGUGUCUGUGCUCCCGUUUAAGAUCAGCUAUUACUUUUCCGGAAGUGAUUGGAAAUUUGGGUCUGAAAUGUGUCGCUUCGUCACCGCAGCAUUUUACUGUAACAUGUAUGCUUCCAUCAUGCUCAUGACAGUCAUCAGCAUUGACCGGUUUCUGGCCGUGGUGUAUCCCAUGCAGUCCCUCUCCUGGCGUACCAUGGGGAGGGCGUCCUUCACCUGUAUGGUCAUCUGGGCUGUGGCCAUCGCGGGGGUGGUGCCACUUCUCCUCAAGGAGCAAACCACCCAGGUGCCCGGGCUCAACAUAACCACCUGCCAUGACGUGCUCAAUGAAACCCUGCUCAAAGGCUUUUACGCGUAUUACUUCUCGGCCUUCUCUGCUGUCUUCUUUUUUGUGCCGUUGAUCAUUUCCACGGUCUGUUAUGUGUCUAUCAUCCAGUGUCUGAGCUCUUCCACGGUCGCCACCCAGAGCAAGAAGACCCGGGCUUUGUUCUUGUCCGUGGCUGUUUUCUGCAUCUUCAUCGUUUGCUUUGGACCCACAAACGUCCUCCUGAUUCUGCAUUACGCGUUCCUCUCUCAGAAUCCCAGCACGGAGGCUGCCUACUUUGCCUACCUCCUCUGUGUCUGUGUCAGCAGCAUAAGCUGUUGCAUCGAUCCCUUGAUUUACUAUUAUGCUUCCUCUGAGUGCCAGAGGUACCUCUACAGUAUCUUCUGCUGCAAAGAAAGCUCUGAUCCCAGCAGCAGCAGUGGUCAGCUGAUGGCAAGUAAAGUGGACACCUGCUCUACUAACCUGAAUAACAGCAUCUACAAAAAGCUGCUAACUUAGGGAAGCGGCUGCUGGAAGGUUACAGAGAAAUAUUUGAAAAAACAAAGAACAUGAAGAUUCUAUUAGUCCCUGCCAAAAAAUAGUAUUUACUCUUUUAAACAAUAAAUGUGUGAUUUGCAUGCCUCCUUCUUAAGAGUGCCAUUAAGGGUAUAUAUUUAUUAGUAACAGAAAAGGAUAACAUGAAUAGAAAACAAUGUGAUUCUAGACAGUAUUGCCAAUGCUACAAUAAUAACUGAAUAUUACUUUUUGAUAUAUUUAAGUGACUUACAUAUAUGUGUGUGUGUAUAUAUAUAUAGUACACAUGUUUGCAAUGCAGUAUAGAACAGACACUUUGAAACCCUCUUCCCCCC